AUCGGAUUAGAUGCCGGAACUCAUGCAAUACAAGAGCUUAAGAGCUUUAUGAAUGAGUUUAUUAAUAAGUAUGCACCAAAAAACAAAGAAAAAAUAAGUCGAAAAAGAAAUAUAAGCCAACAGGAAUAUGAUGAUGAAACUACAAGUUCUAGUUCCAGUGACAAAGAAAACUUCAUCGUAGUUGAAAAUCCGAUAGUAUAUCCAAAGAAGGGUGCCCCAAGAAAAAAGUGGUUUAAAGCGUCUAAUGAAUUAGGAAAAAAGUAUGUAUCUGGUACUAAACAACACUUGGAAAUACAAAAGACCAGAAAACAAACACAAUGUCAACAAUGUCAGAAUACCGGGCAUAACAGAGCCGGUUGCGAAGCAUGGCAUAAACGACAGG